AUGCGUGCACAACAGAGGCAGUGUGCGUGCUGUCAUGCAUCUAAGGGCGCAGUGCUGCACGCGUUGUCCACCCUCUCGCGCGCGCUUAGUCCCUCUGCGGGCGGCUGUCAGGGCGGGCGGGGGAAGCAGGAGGGCGCAGGGAGGGACAAAAGUGCAGGCACAGCAGCAGCGGGUGGAUCAGGGCCUGGGAAAGCAGCAGUGGUGGCGGGGCGGAACGAGGGAUUGCCCGCUGCUGUGGGCGCGCUUGGGGUGGUGCUAGGGGCGGUGGAGAGGGGGGGGAAGGGAGGAGAGGGGGAGGAGGGCGAGGAGGGGGGCGGGAGGGUGCAGAGGGCGGUGUGUGACGCGCUCUCAUGCACUGAGGCGCUGCUCUCGCAUUCACACCUACCUGCUGUGUCUGUCUCAACUCACUCGUUCUGCACUCUUCUCCUUCUCAAUGCCUACCCGUUCACUCCUCUGCUUCUCCAUGAUCUCACCCCUCCCUCGCCUCCCCUCACGGCAGUACCCGGGGCACGGGACCACUUGUUCCGCCUCGCAGGUCCGCCCCUCCUCGCCGCUGCCCUCUCGGUCGCGCCCUUCACCUCCGGCAGCCUCACGCGGCUGGCAGCAGCAGCCACCGCGGUGCGGGCAGCCAGUGAGGGGAACGAGGGCGUGAAGGAGGCGCUCAUGGACGUCGCGCUGCACGUCAACCUCCUCCACGCCAUCAGCGCCAUCGUGCACUCCAAACAAAGUGCCGACGGGGACAGCAGCGUCGCUGACGUGGCAGAAGCAAGGAGCGCCAUAUGUGCGUGCUGUGGGGCGGUGAGGGCGCUGGUGACGAAUGACAACGUGCGCGUGGCGGCGUCCAAGACCUUCUCCAACGCGCGCAACAUGGCCGACGCGGGUGCCGUGGACGUGCUGCUGGGCGCCGCUGCUGCCUUCUCCUCCGACAUGGCCGUGCUGCCCGCCGUGCUGGGCGCACUCAAGGCCAUCGUCGUCAAAGUGCGUGCCGUGCCUCUCACUCACUCACUCGUGCCACCCACCAUUCCUGCUCGUGUACCCCUGCUGCUGCUUCUGCCGCCAGAGGACAUCUGUCGCAGCAUCGCUGCUCUCGGUGGGGUGCCCCUCGUGCUCGCCCACCUGCGGGCUGCCCUCGCCUCCCACUGCUUGCCCCUCGCUGCCCCCUCCGCCGCACUGCUGGCGCAGCUGGCAGGCAGUGAUGCCAACAAGGUGCUCAUAGUGGAGACAUGUGGCAUUCCAGUAUUGGUGGAAGCAGUGAAGGCAUUUGUGGACGAUGGCGCUGUGCUGCAGGAGGUAUGGGGUGUGCUGCAGGAGGUAUGGGGUGUGCUGCAGGAGCUGCUGGCGUGUCUGGCAGCCGUGACGCUGCGCAGCCCGGCGCAUGCAGCUGCGGCGGUGGGGGCGGGCGUAUUGGAGGUGGCAGUGGAGGCCAUGGAGGGCCGGGGCGCCACGGCAGGCAACCAGUGGCAGGCGUGCCAGCUGCUGCGCAACCUCGCUGUGCGCAACCCUGAACACCGGCCAAUAAUGGUGGAGAUGGGACUGGAGGCCGUGAUUCGCAACGUCAAGAGCAAACACAAGUCAUGCCAUGACGUGUGCUCUGCUGCACUAAGAGACAUGGGCCUAGAUAACUACAAUCAGUAG